AUGGAGAGUAAUGACACUGGAAAUGAAUCUAGCAAUGAAACUUUUCCAAGUUCACUGGCAGACGCGGUCCAAGGAGAAGCAGCGACCUUCAAGAUCGCAAAGAUCUUCUUCUACUUUCUUAUCCUGUCCGCAAGCACUUUUGGCAAUAGCAUGGUUGCCCAUGUUAUAAGCACCACAAGAAAAAUGCAUUCUCCCUCCAACUUUCUGAUACUCAACUUAGCCAUUUGUGAUCUUUUAACGCCGAUUAUCAGUAUUGUGUUUGAUUUCGUUUGGGAGGAAAAUAGCUAUGUGUGGAUCUACGGCGGGGUGAUGUGCAAACUGUUAUGGCCGGCGCAGACUUACUUUACCUGUGCCUCUUCACUGACACUCGCCGCGAUUUCUUUGGAUCGUUAUCGACUUAUUAUGCAUCCUUUUAAGACGCGUUUGUCGCUGAAGCAGGUCUGCAUUUUAAUUUGCGGAGUCCACGUUUUCUCUCUAGCGGCUGUGGGUCCUUACGUUUAUGUUCUUAACCUCAAAGAUGGCUCUUGCGACGAAAACUGGCCAGACUUUGCUUACAGACAAGCUUACACGUUUUUCUUAUUCCUCGUUCAGUAUGGUCUGCCGCUGUGUUUUAUGGCGACGAUGUAUGGUUUAGCUGUCCGCGCGCUUUGCCGCACUUCGGCGAAAAUGCGUGAUAAUUCUAUAAUCGAAAAAGUUUCGGUAAGACGUGAGAGUGUAGAAACGCAAGUCAAACUAACGCGCAAGAUUUCCCGAACUCAAUCUGUAAAGAGAAAGAUAAGCAUGUUGAGCGCGCGAAUCGACAUCUGGAGUACCGCGAAUGCAAAAGCCACAAAAAUGUUUAUUGUGGUAGUGGUGGUUUUCUCCAUUUUUAUGUUUCCAAAUCAAGUGGUGUGGUUGUGGGCAGACUUUGGCGGUGGGAUAAACAGUCCAAAUUUUACAAAAAUUUCCAUCAUUUGCUGGCUUUUCACCUACACCAACUCUGUUGUUAAUCCGAUUAUUUUUGGAGUUUUCAGCAAAGAUUUUCGCCAAGGUUUCAGGAGAGUUUUUUAUCGCUUUGUUCGCUGUGGUUGUAAAUCAUCACCAGAAAGGAGUGGAGAAAGGGAAAGAUUACAGACAGUGUCGGAAUCUUAA